AUGUGGUUGAUCAACACACGCACCCUUGAGCUCCAGGAGUUUGUGGGCGCCGACAUACCCGCGUAUGCCAUUCUUUCGCACACAUGGGAGACUGGAGAGAUUACAUUCCACGACGCCAAAGCAAAGCUACUGGGGAAACAAACCUCUCGAGGCGCCCGCAAGGUAGCAAAAGCAUGUGAAGUUGCAGCCGAACAUGGACUGGCCUAUGCGUGGGUCGAUACGUGUUGUAUUGACAAGUCCAGUAGUGCGGAGCUCACAGAGGCGAUCAAUUCCAUGUUCCAAUGGUAUCGCUCGUCGCAGAUUUGCUUGGUCUACCUCUCCGAUCUCAAAGCAGUCGAACUUGACCACGCAAUGUACACAUCCCGCUGGUUCAAACGUGGAUGGACGCUUCAAGAACUCAUCGCUCCCUCCAGACUCAUGUUCUACGACCAGGACUGGAAGGAAAGGGGGACGAAAGAGGAUUUGGCAAGCCUACUCAGCAAGAUCACUCGCAUUGAUAUUGGAAUCUUGUUGGAUCCUUCCAGAGUGUAUACUGUUCCGGUUGGCAAAAGAAUGAGUUGGGCGGCUGACCGGCAAACAACGCGUUUAGAAGACAGGGCCUAUUCUCUGCUGGGAAUCUUUGACAUCAACAUGCCUCUAAUAUACGGAGAGGGCCCGAAGGCCUUUACAAGGCUACAAGAGGAAAUUAUACGGCGAAGCAACGAUGUCAGCAUCUUUUGCUGGCGGACCCAGGAAAAUACACGUUGGCGCGGUAUACUGGCCUCCUCGCCUGAUGAGUUCAGGUGUGCAGCAGAC